AUGUCCAACCUCAGUGAGGCAGAACUCAUUCACAAGUUUAAGGGGAUUUCCUUUACCUCCAGGUCUUCUCCAGAGCUUUUAAAUUCCUUGGAUGCUUUUGAUGCUAGAGAAGAUGAUGUCCUUUUGGUUUCCUACCCCAAAUCUGGCACUCACUGGCUUGCAGGAGUCAUAACAAAGCUUUACAAUACUCCCAUUACAUUAACAACUCCCAUUGAACUUGGAGACAUGUCCAAACUGGAGGAACUGAAUCAACUGUCGUCAAAGAGAAUCAUUCCAACACACUUAGACUACAACAUGUUGCCUCAACAUUUUAAGAAUAAAAAAUGCAAGAUGAUCUAUAUCAGCAGAAAUCCAAAAGAUACUGCAGUGUCCAUGUAUCAUUACUACCGAGAGAAUCCAAACCUUCCCACUGUAGAUACCUGGACUGCUUUCCUUGACUUGUUCUUAAAAGGAGAUGUUGUCUGUGGAUCCUGGUUUGACCAUUUCCUAAGUUGGGAAGAACAUAAAAAUGACAAAAAUAUACUGUUUUUGUUCUAUGAAGACAUGAAAAAGAAUCUCCCAAAGAUUGUGAAGGAAAUCAGCAUAUUCCUGGGUAUAAGCAUCAGUGAUGAAGAUAUCCAAGAUAUCUGCAAGAAAUCAUCCUUCUCAGAGAUGAAAAAGGACACAGAAAAAGAAAACAGUGACCCCAGUCACACCGUCUGUGCCCUGACAUCCAACAGGAAGCUAAUUUUCCGAAAAGGUACUGUUGGUGACUGGAAGAACCAUUUCACUCCAAAACAGAACUUACAGUUUGAUGAAGUAUUCAGUGAGAAAAUGAAACUCAGCAAAAUGGCAAAACACCUCACCUAUGAAUUCUAA